AUGUACACAGAGUUAGAGCACAAAAGGCAACUUAUUGAAGAUUUAGAAUUGAUAGAACAUGCAGUUAUCAAGCGUAUCAGACAUAAUCCUCAAAUAUAUAAACCGAGAGACACAAGGUUAAAUCAUGAUGUGUUAAUUGAAAAUCCAAAGAUUGACGAAUCUAUAACAUUACUACAGCAGCAUGAAGUUCAAAAACUACUAGAUAAGUAUGAGGCUGAACGCAAAGUGUUGCUAGAGUUGCUGAAUGAUGAGGACUCAAUCCUUCAUGAUUUGAAAGUUUUGAAGGACCCCCAGUUCGAAAAUGGCAUAUUUACCAGGUUUGUAGAAGAAUGUCUCUCUAUCGAACCUUCCACUACAGAAAUAAAAGACCAUGAAAUUUAUGACAUGUUCUCGAGUAAUUCUGCUUAUCCAGAAAUUAAGAAAAAAAUUAAAAGUCUUGAAAAUAUGGAAAUUCCAGAAGAUGAUAAGCAAUUCAAAAGAUUGGUCAAGCAGCAUCAGAAGAAAACAAAGACAGACAAAUUUAACAUUUUAUGUUCCUAUGCAAGUGAUCUCAAACUAUCUAAAAUAGUCACAUCUUCAGAAAGGAAUGGGAAACGAUUAGACUUGAAGUCAUCGUAUAGCGAGUUCUUGACAUUGCCAAGAUUUAAGCCAUUAAAUGAAAUCCCCAAGUAUAAACAUUACCUAAAGUCACUUGGGUUAAGGGACAUCAAUGUACGUAUUGAAACCCCGGAAUAUUUCAAUUAUCUGAAGAGGCUUUCUGAUUACCUUAAUGGCUAUAUCCAACGUGCCUAUCCAUUAGUUUUACCAUUAACAGACAACUCGAGACAAACACAACUCGAACGAAACACCUGUUUAGCAUGUAAUAAGAAGUUCAAACUACAAACAACAUAUGAUGCACAUCUGAAAGGUAAAAAACAUAAGAAGAACAUGGAAAAAUUCAAACCAGUGUUAGAAUUAGAAAACGAGAUCAAUCGGUUGCUGUCUAUUUUACAGAAACAAUUGGAUGAGACCAUUAAUGAGGUUGAAAGAAUUGAAUUAUUAACCGUACGAGAACGAGAGCUUGAGAAGAAUAAUAAACAAAUACAAUCAGAUAUUAUUUCAUUGCAUUCGAUUUACGGAGACCCUUCGUUGAAUAUAGACAUUUCUGAUGAUGAAAAUGAUGAUGAUGACCUUGUUACAGGUAUCGAAGUGGACGGUCAGAGGAUUCCAUUUUGGCUAUAUAAAUUGAAAGGAUUGGGUCAUGAAUUCAAAUGCGAAAUAUGUUUAGGUGUUUAUCAUGGACGGGCGUCAUACCUACGCCAUUUCCAAGAGCAAUCUCACACUGAUUCUUUGAAGGAUUUAGGCGUUGUGUAUGGAUUCGAACAAUUCAAAGGUAUCGAAACGAAGGAAGGUGUAUUGAAGUUAUGGGAUACUAUAAAGCGCAAAAAAAUGGAGGAAACUGCAUUUUUGGAGGAAGUUGAAGAGGUAGAAGAUGAAGAAGGUAAUGCGAUGAGUACCAAGGUCUAUGAAUUACUAAAGAAACAAGGGUUAUUAUAA